UAACCAACUGCAGAACCGCAGAACCAUUACGUCAUAACAGUCUGAGGACGACAGCGCCAGACCGACUGUUUGAGAGCGGAAGUGGGCGGGGUAGCAGUCCGAUGCCGGAAGUGUACGGAGUUCAUGUUUAGACGUGUUUGUUUAGAUUAGACAGUAAAAGGUUUUUAGACAGUAAAAGAUAGACAUUAAAAGGUUUUUAGACAGUAAAAGAUAGAAAAUAAAAGGUUAAACUAUGGCGGAGCACACUGUAGAACAAGGAAAAGAAGAAGAGAAAGAGAAGCACAUAUCGAUUCAGAGAGGGAAUUUUGCCAUUGAAAGGAAACAUGCUGCCGUUGAUGUGCAGGAGCCACCUAAAGCACAAGAAGACACCGAAAUCGGCGACAUGGAACCACAGAUGGUCAAAGACCUCAGGACCGCAGUUGGAUGGCUGCGGAACAACUGCCACUCCUUCAGAGGUUUUGUGCAAGAGCCGUCAUAUCUGGACCUAGAGAAGGAAGACCAGGAAGAGGCCCUUCUUAAACUUGAUCGGGCGGGAAGAAAAGAUGAUCUGGAACUGGCCAAAGAGCCUUUCAUGUUUCGGUUCCAGUUUCAACAGGACAUGGAAGUUUUUCUUUUCAAAUGUCACGACGAAAGGGACCUCAGAAUAAACUCAAUGUGUAUGGAGUUUUAAUUUAUUUAUUUUUCUCUUGAGAAUUAUUGCUGUCAAAUUUGUGCCUGUAUAACUUUUAUAAGAUUUAUUUUCUUUGGUUUGAUUUUGUUUUAUAUAAUUUAUUUAUUUAGUUUGAUUUUGUAAUUUUAUUUAAUUAGAAAACAGCAAGUGUGUGAUUUAUUUAAAACUCAUUUUAUUUAAAUUAAUAUUUUUGUUUUUGUUUUCAGUCCAUCAUAUUAUUGUGUAUGGUGGUCUAUGUUGGUUGAGUAUUUAAAGUUAUUUUCAAUUGAAUAAAAUGUUCAAACUCUCAAGCUUUGUUUUCAUUGGAUUAUUUAUUUUUAAUUUUAUGCUUUGUCUAAUAUAUAAUAUUGUUAAUCAAUCUUAAAUAUACAUUUUCAAUUAAAUCGUUUAAAACAAAGUCUUUAUAAUAACGUUGUUUUAAACUUUAAAACGUUCCAAAACACGGAAGUAGCGUAAUUCCUUGCCGCGCCCACUUCCGCUCUCAGACUGUCGGGCUGGCGCUGUCGUCCUCAGACUGUUAUGACGUAAUGGUUCUGCGGUUCUGCAGUCAGACCUAUCUCAA